AUCCGAAUACUCGAGGUCGCAGGAACACAUCACAAGCGUCGACAUGUCGCUGUCAAUACCAAACGCACCCAACGCCGGCUUGUUCAAAGCUGGCUACCAAAACUACGACGCCGAGGAUGGCGCUGUCAUCAGAAACAUCGAUGCCUGCCGGACGAUCGCCUCUACAGUGCAGACAUCCCUCGGGCCGUACGGACGCAACAAGAUUGUUAUCAAUCACCUGCAGAAAAUGAUUCUCACAAACGAUGCGGCGACUAUCCUCCGAGAACUCGAAGUUGUGCACCCAGCUGCUAAGCUCCUGGUCAUGGCGUCGCAACAACAAGAGGCGGAGAUGGGAGAUGCCACAAACAUGGUCAUUGUGUUUGCGGGAGAGCUGUUGAAGAAAGCGGAAGAGCUGCUCCGCAUGGGACUGAAGACCAGUGAGAUUGUUCAAGGAUACGAGCGCGCUGGGAAAUAUGCGCUCAAGGCGCUGGAAGAGCUGGAAGUCGACAAGGUGGAGAACAUUCGUGACCAGGCAGAGCUUGCAAAGGCCAUCCGCACAGUUGUUGCUGCCAAGCAGUCUGGGUCCGAGGAUUUCCUGGCAGGUCUGGUCGCUGAGGCUGUCCUUGCGGUGCUUCCCAAGAAUCCAUACAACUUCAACAUCGACAACAUCCGGGUGGUGAAGAUCAUGGGUGGUGCAUUGGAGCAGUCCAAAGUCGUCAAGGGUAUGGUCUUUGGACGUGAACCCGAUGGCAGCAUUAAGAAGGCGGAGAAAGCAAAGGUCGGCGUCUUCAGCUGCCCGAUCGACAUCUCACAGACGGAGACCAAGGGAACAGUCCUUUUGAAGAACAGCAAGGAGCUUUACAACUUCACAAAGGGCGAGGAGUCACAAAUGGAGAACACGAUCAAGGAGCUGCACGACUCUGGACUGCGCGUCGUCGUUGCUGGAGGGCCCGUUGGCGAGCUUGCGUUGCACUAUCUCAACCGCUUUGGCAUUCUUGUCAUCAAGGUCCUGUCAAAGUUCGAGCUCCGACGGCUAUGCAGAGUGGUCGGUGCAACACCGCUCGCACGCCUCGGCGCACCCAUGCCAGACGAGAUGGGCAGCGUCGAUAUUGUCGAGACUCUCGAAAUGGGAGGAGACCGCGUGACCGUCUUCAGACAGGAGAAUGACCAGACCCGAACCGCCACGUUGGUCCUCCGCGGAGCCACUCACAACCACCUGGACGACGUGGAGCGAGCAGUCGACGAUGGCGUCAACGUCUUCAAGGCCAUCACCAGAGAUCCUAGAUUAGUGCCCGGAGCUGGCGCCACUGAAAUGCAGCUUAUCGAGCGCAUCACUGCUCUCGCGGACAGGACAUCUGGCCUUGCGCAAUAUGCCAUCAGGAAAUACGCCGAAGCUUUCGAAGUCAUCCCGCGCACACUUGCCGAGAGCGCAGGCCUCGACGCCACAGAGGUCCUCGCCAAGCUCUACACAGCACAUCACAGCGAGGAGGAUAGCGAUGAUGACAUUCCAUGCCUUGGUGUCGACUUGGACACGAGCGGUAGCUCCGGCAGCGGAACUUUAGACGCAGAGGAGGAGGGUAUUCUGGAUCUCAUGGUUUGCAAGUCUUGGGCCAUCAAGCUCGCAACAGAAGCUGCGCGGACAGUUUUGAGCGUGGAUCAGAUCAUCGUGGCGAGACAAGCUGGAGGACCGAAACCUCCCGGCCCCAACCCCAACUGGGAUGAGGACUGA